CACCGUCUGUGGCUUUUUCCAUCUUAUUCGCUUUUUCACGAGCAGUGACUGAGAGAAGAAAAAGAAAGAAGAAGAAAAAGCUAGGCUGCCUUCAGAUUCCCGUGGAUUAUUUUUGGGGACUUUUUUCUAGGGCUGCCGACGAGGAGGAGGAGGAUCGGAUUUUGUUGUCGGUAUCCGACCGAGGCAGAUCGCUUCCUCGCUUCUUGCCACCGUUCAGCUCGCAUUUGGUUCUCUGGGGUUUUGGGGGAGGAUUAAGGAGAGAAGAUGUGAUCGAAUUCUUGGGCUUUUGUGAGCUUUCCGUGAACUGUCGUGACUACUUGGCGCCAGUCCGCAAGGAGUUAUUCUGGUGGAGAAGAUCUGCUUCAAUCCUCCGGAAAAAACUGGUUCUUUGGAUGAAUAUAUUAUUCCGUUGGAGUUCAAUUGCUUGUGAUGGAAAAAAAAAUUGGUUCUUUUGAGUCCUUCCACAAUCCCAUUCAAUUGAUAGGUAGUUUGCUACCGGCGUCGUUUGGCUGAAGACGUCGGAAGCAUCAAGAACCUUGUUUGGCUAUUAUUUGUGGGAAUAUGAUUGUGGGAGGUAUUUGACGGUAGCAUAGGGAUAAUUUAAUGGAGGAUGUAGGGCUGUUCAAGCAAGGAUGGGUGUGGUUUCGGUGUCAGAAGCAGGAAUUUGUGGGCACCCAGGUUGCACCGAGCUGCGCCAGGGACAAGCUCGUGUUUCUAAUAGACCGCCACUGGCCAGUGGUGUGCAGCUGGUCCAUAAAUGCGGGGAAGUUUCUUUUGAUGCUGCUGGUCCAGUGGAAAUAUUGUGUUGUCAGAGGCUUUUGGUCAUUGAUCAGUUUGGGUUCGGCAGCCCUUUUUGUCAUAAUGUGGAGCUGUUUUCUUAGCUUGACUCCAAUAUCUUGCGUUGUUUAUGUGCUUCUAAGUCUGGGAGCUGCUGGGGCAGCCAUUCAUUGUUUAGGCCAUACCCCUGGUCUUUUUAUUGCCGGAUUGUGUGGAAGUUUGUUUAUGUGGAUAUAUGGUAACUUUUGGAUUACAGGACUUAUAUUUAUAGCUGGAGGCUUUAUGUUUUUCCUAAAUCAUGCACAGCCUCUGAUCCUAAUAUCAACUGCAUAUGCUGUUUAUUAUGUCCAUGCUUGUAUUGGCUGGGUUGGAGUUUUUCUAUCACUAAAUCUGUCUUUCCUUUCAAAUGACCUCCUCAAUAAAUUGCUUCAAGGAUAUGAUGGUACCAAUGAAGGCUUACAAUUCAAAGAGCAGAAGAAUUCAGAACCUGUUGUGGAAAACUUAUCUGCUGAUGCUGAAUAUUCUCUGCCGACUAGUGAAGAUGAAAAUGUGGCAUCCUUUAAAUCGUCAUAUACAACAUUCAGGGCAUCAACAGUUUUAAAUAUCCAGAAGGAGGCUUCUUCUAGCAAGGUCAUCAAAGUUGAUUCAACCUCACUGAACGAGAUGAAACGAAUAAUGAAUAGCACAAGCCAUUAUGAAGUUCUAGGUUUUCAUCGGAACAAGAGUGUUGAUCCUAAAAUAUUGAAGAAGGAAUACCACAAGAAGGUCUUACUUGUGCAUCCUGAUAAAAACAUCGGAAACUCAUUAGCUUGUGAAUCAUUCAAAAAGCUUCAAUCCGCAUUUGAGGUUCUUUCAGACUUGACAAAGAAGAAGAGUUAUGAUGAACAAUUAAGGAAGGAAGAAUCUGGGAGAGUGGGUCAAAAAUCUCAUGGUACCUCUCAACAGGAUGGGGUAGAGUAUCGCUCUGAAGAAUCUAGGCGUAUAGAGUGCACAAAAUGUGGAAAUUCUCAUAUAUGGAUAUGCACGAAAAGAAGUAAAGCCAGGGCAAGGUGGUGCCAGGAUUGCUCCCAGUAUCAUCAAGCUAAAGAUGGAGAUGGAUGGAUAGAAAUUGGGUGCUCCUCACUCUCUUCAACACUGCAGAAGGUGGAAAUACCACGAGCUUUUGUAUGUGCUGAGAGCAAAAUAUUUGAUGUGUCUGAGUGGGCCAUUUGUCAGGGAAUGGCAUGCAGGCCUAAUACUCAUCGACCAAGCUUUCAUGUAAACAUGGUUGGUUUGGAUAAGCCAGGGCGGAGAUCAAACUGCUCUAGUUGUUCAUGGGGGUUGGAUGCUGAGAUGAUUGUGGGUGAUGAUCAAUUUGAUCUAUGGCUUCAGCAGGUCUUGGCAUCUGGUGUCUUUUCUGAGACUCCCAAACGUAGAAAAAGUUGGAGCCUGUUUAAGAUACAUCAGAAAGGUUUGAAACAAUGGCGGAGAUUCCAAUGAAUGCAAUUUAAGACUAGAACACGGUUAUAUCUUCAUCAGAGAAGAUCUUAUAUAUCCGAACUUAAAAGAAAGGAAGAAAAACAUGACACCAAAAGAAUCAUGUGCCUGUAAAUAGAUCAAAGCAUCUCUUCUAGGUCUGCAGGUCUCUCCAAUUGGGAAGGGGGAAAAGGAAAAACAAAAGGUAGCAGUAUAACAGCUCUGAAAUCGUGAGCUCUUAUCCAAGAGGAGCUAAUUUAUGCCCUUAUCAUGAAUAGUGCAGUAGCAAGGACUGCUGCUUUAAUGUAUCCAUUCCUAGAAAAUUUUACGGUUAACACCAAUUUAUGGCUUCAACCCCCAUAGUUCUGAUAUCUGGCCUCUUCCUUGAGGCCUUGAAAUGUGGAAAUGGCUGUCUGUCUCUGAUGCGCCAGAAGAAGGGCAUGGAAUCUUGCAUAGUUGGAUGGUGGACAUGCAGAAUAUGAACUAUGGGGUGCAUAGGGUCUGUUUCCUCCCAUCUUUUGAGGAGAAAUAAAGAAAAAGGAAUCAUAGUUAAGAAAAGAAAGGGACGAUGUGUAUAUAGAUGAAAGGCAUGUCAUGAAGGUAAGCAAUGGUUUUUCAAAAAUAUUGUACAAUAAGAUGACCAGGUGAACACAAUAUAAAUUUCAGGUCUGUCGGGCAAAGGGCCUCGAUCGAGCUUGUAAGGAAUUACCAGUGAUCGAAGUUUCAAGUGGGGCUCUUCACCUGUUCAUGCUUUCUUACCAUUUGCAUUGUAACAUUUGUUUAUUCUAAACAAUGAUCUGCAUGUUCCAUAUUAAAAGAAAAUUAUAAGAGUAAUGAUGUUUUUUCCUUUAAUUUUCUAUAUGAGGCC